GGGACGUAAUGGAUCUGGGAAAGAAGCACAGCACUCCUAAAGACAUUAUGUUGGAGGAGUUGUCAUUGCUUUCCAACAGAGGUUCCCGGCUUUUCAAAAUGCGGCAAAGGAGAUCUGAAAAAUAUACAUUUGAAAGUAUCCAAAAUGAGGCAAACACACAGCUGAACAAUGAUAUUUUAACCCAGAAUGCACUCAAUGUGGAAAUUAAAGUGGAUGCACCAGAAGAUGGCAGUUCUGCUAAUCCAGAAAUCACUAUUUCAGACAUGACUGUAGAGAAGUUAAACACCACAGCUAUGCAUAAGUCCUACCACUCCCCAUGGGAUCAGGCAAUCCUCAUGGACCCCGACCUCUCCGAAACUCUCAAACUGGAAAUGUCAGCCCCAGACCCACGACCAGACCUUCCUGAGUACAGAAGCUUUAACCGGGUUGCCACUCCUUUCGGUGGCUUUGAUAAAGCUCCCAGAGGGAUCACAUUCAAGUUCCCCGAGAUGGACCUGAACCCGCCCAAGUACCCAGAGCUGCAGGAGCCGGGGAUGAAGCGACCCACCUUCAACAGGACGGCCUUGGGGUGGAUAUCUGAGGGCACCCAUCUGAUCCUCCCCACUGUUACCCUUGAGCCCAUGAAAGUCCCAGAGUCUGAUGACCUGUAG